GCGCUCACAAGUGUUCGGGAGGACGAUCGGAGCAGUACCACGGUUGCUCUGACUCCCGUCCCUGGCCUAGUGCUUGGCUCCUCCCCUAACAUCCGCGCCUCCCACAGUUCCAUAUAUCUUUAAAAAAAAAUCGUCAUCAUUAUACCCGCGAGAUGACGUAUUAAUGUUUAUGUACCGAAGAUAGUGGUUCGGUACUACUGAGAGAAGGUUAUGAGGGUAUAAAGAAUUAUCUAGGUGGUGGGUGUAGGUGGCGGUGAGCGUGGGUCGUCCUCCCGGCUACACUCACACCAUUACCAGUAGCCAGGACGCCCCUCGUUGUGGCCCUUUUGUGGCCAGAGUGUGUCUCCUGCGGCAGUGCGAGCGACGCAAUUCUCAGGAUGAGGCUGUGACGAUGACCCAGCCCGGGAUGGCGGAGGUUCGGCCGGACACCCCGAAAAAGUACACCUGCGCUUGUGGAUUCGCCCAAGAGGAGCGUAAAAGCAAGUUCUUGGGAAAGUGCCGUCACUGUCACACAAGAGCCAAGUACCUUCGAGGUCAGAGCAGCUUCGACUCGGGUUCAGUUGGCCGGGGUUGGUCGAGCGGCAACACCACCAGCGGUUCACCCUCAGGCAGCACCGGCAGCUCCCCCAACAACAGUAGCAGCAGCAGCAGCAGUACGGCCAGCGCCAACAACAGCGAUGGUGACGGUGGCAACAGCAGCAGCAGCAGCAGUAGGAGCAGCAGCAGUAGUGGCGCGGUUGGUGGGAGUGCAAGCGGCGGCGCUGUCAGUACUACGACCACGACGACGGCGGUGGCGCCGUCGGCGGCGGCGACGGCCAGCGGCAACAGAUUGGUCCGUCAGGCAUCUGUGUCUGAGACCAGGAGGAGGUCGAGGAGUGUUGACAGAUACGAUGCUUACAGGAUAACAGAGCCUCCACCAUACUCCUGGGUAGCAUCUGGUGGUGUGGAUGGAGGAGGAGGAGGCGGCGGCGAUGGUGGGCGUGAGGGUGGGCGAGAGCUGACUCGUGGUCGUUCUGGCACUAACCCCGUCAGGAGAGCCGAGAGCGAGGACUCGGCCAGGGGGUCAAGGGCCUCGCAAAUCCAGACGCCUCCACCGCCUUACGAGGUCGCCCAGAGCCAGUCGUAUUACCAGUUUCCGCCGAGCUACGAGGAGGCGCUGGCUAACUCCGUGUCUGGGAUACGACUCUCGGGUGGUCGUCCAGUCUCCUCCUCCUCCUCCUCCUCCUCCGCUACCACCACCACCACCACUUCCUCCUCCUCCUUCUCCUCCACCACCUUCACGUCCACAGGCUCACUCCUACCUGCCAGUCUCUCUUCCCAAGUGGCGCUGAUGCCGUUAGGGUCACUCACCAUUCGCAACUCUCGCGUAUUGGAGGAGCAAGCGGCGGUGUUAGAGGCGCAGAGGGAAGCGCAGAUUGAGGCACAACGUCAGGCGCAGAGGGACGCCCAGAGGGAGGCGCAGCUGGAGCGAGAGAGAGACAUGGAGCGCCAGCGGUUGAGGGAGAUCCAGCUGGCUCAAUAUUGUGGCUGUGCCAAGUGUCAGAGUCUCUACUACAGCUACUAUUACGACGACCCCAUGAACGACGGCGGGGCCUUCCCUAUGGAGACUCAGGUGCUCAUGCAAGAGGUGCUCACGGACGGCCUCGCCUUCUGCUCCAUCAUGUAGCUUCUACCACAUUCUACAGGGGCGUCUCUCGUCUCCAGGGGCGUUCCAAACUCCCCAGGGACCUCCACCUCCUUAAAGGAUAUCACAGCUCGACAAGGACGUCGACAUCUGCAAGGGUGUUCCUCUGGUCCCCACGGGUGUCAAAGAUCACCAAGGGCGUACCAGCUCUCCAAGGGCAUGUCACUUAUUAGAUAAAUGAUGCCUCAGUUCUUCAAGGGCGUCUCUAGUCACGAAGGGCGUUCCAGCUCUCCGAAGGCUUCCCGGGUCUUUAAGGGGAACCAGCUUGUCAAGGGCAUCCCGGCUCUCCAAGGGCGUCUCUGGUAACCACGGGCGUGGCAACUGCCACACAGGAGCCCUCGGGGCGUUGUGGUGUAACACUAACACAACUCUCCAGCUCCCAGAGGGUCAUUUUAGCUCUACAGGUUAUCGAGACCAACUUGUGAUAAGAUGUUAAGACCUCCCUGUUCCUCGAGGCUUCCUCAGGGGGAUCAUCAUCACCUGGUCACCGUCAGGAGGAAAGGUACUUGGUUCUGUGAUGACGCUCCAGUAAACAAGAACUACUAUAAUGUUAUACUGCCAAGUGUUGUGUUGUGCAUCACGACACAACACCAAGAUAAGGACUUUUUACUUCUAAUACUUCAACGAUAACUUGGAGAAAUUAAAUUGACGCAUUGGAUAAAAACUAUGUAUAAUGAAGACUAUACCCGGGAGUUGAUUAACACAUGAAACAUGAAUUGAGACUUAUGGUAACACCGCCAGAGUUGUGUUACUGAACUAUUACGAAUACUAAAUAGGUGAAAAUUAAUUCAUACAAACGGAAUCACAUGAAUCAAUGAUAAUUAUGAUAGAAAUCGAACUACGUGAUCGAUGACAAGGAAAAAAAAUGGUACUUGAGUGUUAAGACAGACUAAAAGUGCAGCUAAAUGAUGCAUCACAACACUCCUAAGCCUCGUAAAGUUGUGAUCUGGUCAACAUACAGAGAAAACUUCACCAGGUGCAGUACAGUAGUUGAGGUAGCGAGGAUUAGCGUGAGACUGACAGGUAUAGACAGGGCAGCCAAGGCACAGGUGACGAAAAUUGAACACUGCUCACCGAACUAACUCGCGCUAACAAAUAAAAAAAAAAAAUAAUCCUCAAGAAAACAAAAACAAAAAC